AUGCCUCGCCGGUAUAUUCUGGACGACAGCGAGUCGUCUUCCUCGGAGUUUUCCGAGACAGACAUCUCGCUCAGUAGUCCCCAUGGCCGUCGCCGCGUCAAGCGCCAGUCCUUCUCGCGCUCUCGCCAUCGAGUGAGCCCGGACUCGAAUGCCUACCUCAACCCCAACCUCAUCUCGACCGUGCGCCGCUCUGCCUCGACUGGGGGGAACAGGCGCCGCCGGGGAGGAGACGAGCCCAUGGUGAUCAUCGAUGUGAACAACGACGUCCGCAACAGACAGGACUCGCGUGACCGCCAUGAUCGCUACGAGCGCACCGACCGUCACGACCGUCAUGACCGCCACCAGCGCAUCGUUGACUUUGACGAUGACGAUAUCGAGGUCCUACGACCUCACCGUCGCAAUAGGGCUUCCAGCAAUGUUUCUGCAACGCGGACCCCAUCCCCUCGCCAGCAGCAGCGCGACUGGGAGGUCCUGAUGGACCAGCGCAUUCUCGCCCGAAAUGAUAUCCGCCAGGACUUGGAAAUCACCAAGCAGCAGCAGGAAAUCGAUCGUCUGGAGCGCCAGCUCAGUCGGCACCAGGAGAAGAAACGCUCCGAGAAAUCUGAGCGCCGUGAGUCCCAUUCUCGUCACCGCUUCGAAGAAAUCCACUACGAAGAUGACCUUGCCGAGAAGCUGCGCAAACUGGAUCGCCUAGAGAAGGUCAAGCGAAAUGAAGAAGAGCAACGUCUUGCCGAGGUCCGAGCAAAGGUCAAGAGACUUGAAGAAAUGGAGCGCAAGGCCGAAGAGGAAGAAGAGGCCAAGCGUAUUGCACAUGAAAGGCACCUGAAAGAAAUUGAAGAGCGCGAGAAUAUCAAAGCCGAGAAGGACCGUCUUAAGAAAGAGCUCCAAGACGAGGAGGCACGCAAAGCCCUCGAGGAGUCCGAACGCAAGAAGGAACUUGCCAUUCUCAAGGCACAGGCCGUCGAUGAAUGGAAGCGCGCUGAGGACUCCAAGCGACUUAAAGAAAUCAAGGAGAAGGAGCAGAAAGACAAGGAGUUUAAAGAAAGACUCAGGGCCGAGUUUGGAUACAGCGAGGAGCAGAUUGAAAAGCUACUGAACAAGGAGAAGAAAGACGAGGAAAAGAAAGACAAGAAGGAAAAGGAAAAGGAAAAGGACAAGGACGGCAAACUAGUGAUCCUAGAGCCAGAAAAGACCACAUUUAUCAAGGUGCAUAGAAAAUGGCUGUUGCCUCAAACACUGGACGCCUUCCGCCUGCCAUGGGGUUGGGAUGAACGCGACCCCAACUAUAUCAUCAUCAAGCAAUUCAUCACCGAGGAAUUCCAAGAAGAGCUCUUUUCACACUCUCGCCGCAUCCGCGAAGGCAAGCUGGUGACCGAGACAUCGACGACUCUGACCGAGCUCAAGGUCAAUGAUCACAAGAAGGAUAAGAUGUAUCUCGUCCGAAAGAAGAAUCCUUCUGGGAAAGCUUGGAUUUUCACUUGA